GACCCCACGUUCAAAGCCAGCUUCGGCAUGGGCACCACGGAGUCACGGUGGUGGGACGAGGGAGAGCCACUGUGGGUCACGGCCAAGAAGAAGGGUCUGAAGACUGGCACCUACUACUGGCCAGGCAGCGAGGUUGAGAUCCAAGGUUUUCGCCCUGACUUUUGGUUCAAAUACAGUGACAAGACACCGUACAAGGAGCGAGUGGAUACAGUCAUUGACUGGUUCAAGAACAAAGAUGUCAGAAUGGCCACCCUGUAUUACCCGGAACCCGACCAUACUGGGCACGGUUAUGGUCCAGACUCUCAGCAAGUUAAGGACAAGGUCAAAUACAUGGAUGGUAUCCUUGGUUACCUCAUGGAAAAGUUGAAGGAUAAUGACCUUGAAAACACGGUCAAUGUCAUCGUUACCAGUGACCAUGGCAUGGUUGAUGUUGACAAUAUCAAUAAAGUGGUGGACAUAACUGACCAUGUCAACAUGACGCUGAUUGACAGUGUGCCGAUGUACGGUCCGGUGAUGCACAUUCUACCGAAAGACGGACAGGAUGACAACAUCAUGGCGGAUCUGGAGGGCGUCUCCAACAUCACAGCCUAUAAGAAGGACGACAUUCCUGAGCAUUUCCAUUACCGGAACAACAGAAGGAUCAUGCCCAUCGUCAUCAUAGCAGAUGAGGGAUGGCAGCUGACCACUAAAAAGGACAAAGUGGCACGCAGCACUUUAAAAGCCACCCAUGGCUACGACAACAGACUGAUGUCAAUGAAGCCUAUAUUCCUGGCGAGGGGACCCAACUUCAAAACCAACUUCAGAUCCGAUCCGAUCAAGAAUGUCGACAUCUACCCUCUUGUUUGUAAACUGCUCAAAAUAGAGCCAGCGCCGAACAACGGAAGUCUGGCCCGUGUCAAUGCCUUCAUCCAAGAUACUCCUCCAGUUUCCGGGUCUCCAAUCAAUGCACCAGUGCUGCUUUUUGAGUGUUUGCUUGUAUUCACAGUCGUCGCCAACCAUAUAUUGCAUUAAUGAAACGAUCAAAACUGCAGGCGAUGCGCAUUCUAAAUCGCUGGUCUUAUAGUGAACCCUGUUUACCAACGCGAUCAAAUCCCAGCUAACAAUUUCACGUUGUCACAACGUUAUGCUUUCGUUGUUAUUCUGUGGACUCCCAUUUGCGUUGUCACAACGUUAUGACGUGACCUUGUGAUGCGUCAUUUUUACGUCACCAGAAGGUUAGAAUUAUUUGAUGCUAACGUAUUUUACGUCGUCUUAACGUUCUAUUUAUCGUUAUUGUUUGAAUAGUUUUCCCAGUAGUGAACAUAAGAAACAAAGCAGAUAUUUACUUCAAUGCUUAUUCGUCAAUUUGCAUGUUGUUUUGGUCGUAUGUUUUCCGAAAGCUGAAGCUGAAAAGUGAAGAAAGAAUCUCAAAGUGAAAAGUUUCUCAGAAAACUCUAACUUGACACCAUUUUGUAAGAAACGUUGUUACAACGUUGUGAGGAGCCCAAAGCAUAA